AUGGAUAUACAUCACUUGAGCUUACAUGCCCGCACGAAUGGGGCGGAUACUUUCCUUGAGCUUAUUGCGAAUCCAUUUCGUUCUGCAUUUACAGUUACUGCUAUUUGGGCCUCGCUAGGCACCUCGAUCGGUGUCACUAUCCUCCUCGCACUCGUCUUUUCCCUUGUUCGACCCCGUCACUCGCUUGUCUAUGCGCCCAAAGUCAAGCAUGCAGACCUCAAACACACUCCGCCCCCGGUGGGCAAAGGCAUCUUCGCCUGGGUCAAACCAGUCAUCAAUACACGGGAACCACAGCUGAUCGAGACAGUCGGCCUGGAUGCCGCACUCUUCCUUCGCUUUACAAAAAUGUGCCGCAAUAUCUUCAUCUGUCUUAGCAUAAUCGGUUGUCUCGUCAUGAUACCGGUCAAUAUCACACAGAGCAGGAGUACUACCGACCACUCAGCGUCUUCCGCUUUCAACAUGAUGACGCCGCUUAAUAUCGACAAUCCAACGGCUAUCUGGAGUCAAGUCGUAUGCGCCUGGGCUUUUGAUCUCAUCGUUGUUUACUUUUUAUGGAGGAACUAUCGCGUUGUACGCAAGCUGCGGAGGCAAUAUUUCCAAAGCUCCGAAUAUCAGCGCAGUCUGCAUGCUCGGACCCUGAUGAUCACCGAUAUCCCUCCCAAUAGCCGUGCCGACGAAGGUAUCUUGCGGCUGACCGACCAGGUCAAUCCCACCGCGGCCCUCCCGCGAGCUGCUAUUGGACGUAACGUCAGGGAUUUGCCCCGGAUCAUCAAAGAACAUGAAGAGGCUGUCCGACAACUCGAGUCUGUUUUGGCCAAGUACCUCAAGAAUCCGGACCGAUUGCCUGCGAAACGACCUACUCUACGCCCCCCUCGCAAACAGCGCAAUCAACUUGGCAGCGGCAAAGUGGACGCGAUCGAUUAUCUAACCGUCCGAAUCCGCGUUUUGGAAGAGGAGAUCAAGCACGGACGGGCGUCAAUUGACCGCCGAAAUGCGAUGCCCUACGGUUUUGCCAGCUGGGACAAUAUCGAGCACGCUCAUGCUGUAGCGUGGAACGCUCGCCGCAAGCACCCUGAGGGUAUUACUGUUGAUCUUGCGCCGCGGCCUAGCGAUAUCAUCUGGGAAAAUCUACCACUUUCAAAAUCGGCACGCAAGUGGAAGCGACUGGUCAAUUUUAUCUGGGUGACAUGCUUGACACUUGUGUGGAUUGUUCCUAACGGCUUGAUUGCUAUUUUCUUGUCCAACUUGUCAAAUCUGGGCUUGGUAUGGCCGGCGUUCCAGACCUCGCUGUCAGGGAAUCCACACGUUUGGGCUGCUGUUCAGGGUAUUGCGUCGCCUGCACUGACUUCACUUGUGUAUCUGGCGCUUCCGAUCAUCUUCCGUCGGCUUUCUAUUCAAGGUGGCAGUAAGACUAAAACAUCUCGAGAGCGCCAUGUGCUGGGACAUCUGUAUGCGUUCUUCGUUUUCAACAACCUGAUCGUCUUUUCGCUCUUCUCGGCUGCUUGGUAUUUCGUGUCGUUCGUGAUUGACAAAACCAACAACCACGAAGACGCUUGGCAAGCCAUCUUGGAAAGCCGGAUGUAUGCCAAGCUGGUUAGUGCUUUAUGCACGGUCUCACCGUUUUGGGUGACGUAUCUUCUGCAGCGCAAUCUUGGCGCUGCUAUCGAUCUCGUGCAGCUCGUUACUAUGAUUUGGGUCUGGUUUGCCAAGACGUUCCUUUCGCCGACACCACGACAGGCAAUUGAGUGGACCGCACCACCACCAUUCGACUACGCCAGUUACUACAAUUACUUCCUCUUCUAUGCUACGGUGGCUUUCUGUUUCGCUACCUUGCAGCCAAUCGUACUGCCGGUGACGGCUUUGUACUUUGGCGUGGAUGCCUUGUUGAAGAAGUAUCUAUUGAUGUACGUGUUUAUAACCAAGAAUGAGUCUGGUGGUGCGUUUUGGCGAGUUCUAUUCAAUCGCCUGAUCUUCGCUACUAUUCUUGCCAAUGUGAUCAUCGCUCUCGUUGCCAAGUCGAGCGGCACAUGGACGAUGGUGUUCUGCGUGGUCCCACUGCCUUUCCUGAUGCUUGGGUUCAAGUUCUAUUGCAUGAAGACGUUUGACUCGGAUUGCGAAUACUACAAUCGCGCAAACCUAAGUGAUGCCGAGGCCCUAGGCGUGAGCAAAUCUGACAAGAAGGCCUCAGACCGUCUGAACUCCAAGUUCGGACACCCCGCCCUGUACAAACCGCUUUUGACACCUAUGGUGCAUGCCAAGGCAGCCGCAGCACUGAAGGAUAUCUAUCAGGGUCGUAUGGACCAGGGAGAUACCAGCGAGUACUCAGACAUCGCAAUGAACCCGAUGCUUGCAUCCCAACCUGGCAAAUCUGCCGAACCUUCACCAUUCGAGGUCGUCCCAGAGAACCAUCUCGACUUCUCGUAUUACAAGGAUCGAGCCGACUUCCGCGACGAGUUCGGAGGCGGCAUCUACGGCCGGCCAGAGGACCUGAUGACAGAGCGAUCGCACACACCCCGCAGUACCCUGAGAGGCGAAUGGUCUCCCGGUUCAUCUCGUGCUUCAUCACCUGCACCCUCCCUGCCAUCAAUGCCACCGCUAAGCAUGCACAACGGUUACGAACCCCCCGACCCGACUGGAUUGGUUCACCCGGCAUUCCGUGUGCCGCUAUCACGCGGCGACAGUGGCUACCCAAUUGACGAGGCUGAAUCCAGACUCCUCACCCACGCACAGACGCCCGGCCAGGCGGAUAUCGCGAAUCCACUCGAUCGCUGGCGCACCCGUGGUUAUGGGCCUGUCGGCCAGGACGACGAGCCCGCAUACACAUCUUACGACGCUUACCGCCCACCUCGGUGA